AUGAGUCUGCGGGACCUGGUUGAAGGCGAGGCCCUGGAUGAUGAUGAGAAUGACGCCGACGUGGCCGAGAAUUCCGAUGGAGAAAUCCAGGAGAGAACAGGUCGCGCGAAUCAUUACGACGACUCGAGCGAAGAGGACGAGGACGAAGAUGAUGAUGAGGAUGCCGCUCGCGCUGUUCGCGAGGGGUUUAUCGAUGAUGAGGACGAAGAGAUCGAGGAACGCGCCAAACGUCGCCGCGAGAAGAAACGUUCCCGCCCUCGUGAAGAGCACCUCGAUGAAGAGGAUUUAGAGCUGAUUGGAGAACAUGUUCCUGGACUCAGUCGAGGGUCUGCAUCAGAGUCCAAAUUCAAGCGUCUGAAGCGAGGCAAAGAUCGCGACUCCCGACAGCAAGCCCAAGGCAUUGACGAUAUCUUCAACUCAGAUGAAGAAGAAGAGGCUCCCCAAUACACUCGCACCGGCCACCGUGGCGGCCAGGAUGAAUUUGACGACUUCAUCGAAGAAGACACCUUUUCUGACGAAGAGGGACAACGGGAGCGAGAUGAUCUCGAGGUUGCACCUCCAAUCCGGGCUUCUAUGCCUGGUCUUGGGGCUACUGAAGCAGCGGGGUUGGAUGAAAAUGCUCUCGAAGAUAUGCGCGCAGCGUUCGGUGAUGGUACGGAAUAUAGGUUUGCCCUGGACAUUGAAGAACAAGAAGACGAAGAGAAGGAGGUCGAGGAAAGACAUCUGGAUCUCAAGGAUGUGUUUGAGCCCUCAGAGCUCGCGGAACGUAUGUUGACGGACGAUGAUAACGAAAUCCGUCUACUCGACGAGCCUGAGCGCCACCAGGUCGCACGGAAGCCUUACAAACACGUCGUCUUGACCGAGGAUCAAUUCCGAGAAGAGGCGGUUUGGAUAUCCAAUCUCAUGUUGCUCAAGAAACGCAUCGAGCCGGAGCUGCGUGAGCCGUUCCAGCGCUCUGUGGCCAAGAUGCUGGAGUUCUUAAUUACAGACGACUGGGAGGUCCCUUUCAUCUUCCAACAUCGCAAGGAUUAUAUGAUUCAUGCCGUUAAAGAGCCAAUUAAUGGGAGUGACUCUGCGGAUGACUCUGCACAGUACAGCAUCCGUGCUGAAAAGCUAUUGAAUAUGACCGAUCUCUGGGAUAUCUUCGAUUACGAUCUCAAAUUCCGUGCCUUGGUCGACAAGCGCAAUACCAUUCAGAAGGCCUAUGACAGCAUUCAGACUCUGUUCAAUAUCGAAGAUGCCAACGUGGAAGAUCUUUUGGCUGCUGCUGCAACCAUGGAGGAGCUCCAAGAUGUGCAAGACUACAUCCAUUUCCAAUAUGCUUCUCAGCUACGUGAUACAGCCGCAGUGAAUGGGGAGGCGAACGGCGAGACACAACGGCGCAAAGCCACCAAUAAAUCGUUCUUUGAGCGAGUGCGAAAUGGAAAGGCCUACAGCCUGGUACGAGCAUUUGGAAUCACCGCCGAUGCCUUUGCACAAAAUGCCUCGAAAGAAGGCCGUCGGCAAUACACCGAGGACCCUAGCGAGCUACCCGAAGAAUUGGCGGAUCAAUUUGUUGACUCCGAUUUCUCCAACUCAUCACAGGUUCUCAAGGCCGCGAAGUCCAUGUUUACUGAAGAGCUCGUGAUAAGCCCUAAGAUGCGCAAGGUUAUCCGCCAGGCAUACUACAUGAACGGAGUUGUGGAUUGUUUCCGAACUGAGAAGGGUUUGCGCCGAAUCGACGAACAGCACCCAUACUACGAAUUCAAGUAUCUCCGCAACCAGCAACUCAGUGACAUUGCUCGUCGUCCAGAGAUGUUCUUGCGUAUGCUGAAGGCUGAGGAGGAAGGUUUGGUUGACGUUCGGGUACGGUUCGAGAACUUUGAUCAGUUCCGUUCACGUCUUUACGCUGAUAUCGAGUCUGACAAUUACUCUGAAAUCGCCGAUGCAUGGAAUCGUCUUCGUCGUGAAGUUCUAGACAUGGCCCUUGGCAAGCUGGAGCGUGUCAUCAACCGCAGCGUGAAAGAGAACAUCCGACAGGAAUGCGAGAACCACGUGGCCAAGGAGUGCCGUGAAAUGUUUUCCCAGCGAUUGGAUCAGGCGCCUUGCAAACCCAAGGGGAUGAUUCUAGGCACAGUGCCCCGGGUCAUUGCUCUCUCUACUGGAACUGGUGUCGUGGGCCGAGACCCCAUCCACUGGGCUUAUAUUGAAGAAGAUGGUCGCGUGCUAGAGAACGGAAAAUUCCAGGACCUGUCGUGUGGAGAUUCAUCCCGAGGCUUUAACGAUGGUGCACACGUUGCUGCUUUCAUGAAUCUGAUCAAGCGGCGCAAACCAGAUGUCCUCGGUGUCUCUGGUAUGACACCGGAGUCUCGACGUCUCUACAAACUUUUGAACGAACUCAUUGAAGAGAAAGACAUCCGCACCCAGACUUAUACCGACGAUCAUGAUGAGGAGAUCACCGACCGUCUUGAGGUUGUCAUUGUCAAUGAUGAAGUUGCCCGACUCUACCACAAUUCCCCUCGGGCCCGUCAAGAUAAUCCGGGCUUCGGACCACUUACUCACUAUUGUGUGGCUCUGGGUCGAUACUUGCAAAGUCCUUUGAAAGAAUAUGCUUCUCUUGGUCGGGAUAUUGUUUCAAUCCAGUUCAAACCCGGCCAGCAAUUGGUGUCCCAGGAAUUGUUACUUAAGCAACUCGAGACUGCCCUUGUCGACAUGGUCAAUCUCGUGGGUGUGGAUCUGAAUGAGGCAGUUCACGACUCACUUACGGCGAACCUUCUUCCGUAUGUUUGUGGACUUGGUCCUCGCAAAGCAGCCCACUUGCUCAAGAUUGUCAACUUGAACGGUGGAAAUGUGGAUAAUCGUGUGGAGCUGCUGGGUGUCAACGCCCAGUACCCAGCUAUGGGUGUCAAAGUGUGGAACAAUUGCGCCAGCUUUGUUUACAUUGACUACGAGAAUGCCGAUGCCGAUGCAGAUCCACUGGACAACACCCGUGUGCACCCUGAAGACUACGAUAUUGCCCGCAAGAUGGCUGCCGAUGCUCUUGAGUUGGAUGAAGAGGAUAUCAAGGCAGAGACUGAUGAGAAUGGCUCUGGGGCAAUUGUUCGCAAACUCUUCCGGGAUGAGCAGCAGGAUCGUGUCAACGACCUGAUUCUCGAGGAGUAUGCUGAGCAGCUGGAGAAGAACCUCAAUCAACGCAAGCGUGCUACCUUGGAAACUAUUCGUGCAGAAUUACAGCAACCGUAUGAGGAACUGCGCAAGCACUUUGUCUUCCUGGGCACCGAGGACAUUUUCACUAUGUUCACGGGCGAGACACCCGAAUCUUUGAAGGUUGGCAUGGUGGUACCUAUUGCCAUCAAGCGGGUGUUUGAGGAUCAUAUUGAUGCCAGGUUGGACUGUGGGGUCGAUGCGCUGGUCGCAGAGACCGAAUUGGGUGUACCCUACGACCUUUCUGUGCGCAACGUCUACCAACCACACCAGACCGUGCCUGCCAAGAUUCUGUAUCUCAACAAGAAGGGCUUUACCUGCAAUGUGUCUUUGCGAGAAGAUCAGGUCAGUCAUCCACUCCGCCGGAACCCAGACCUUGGCUUUGGCGACUGGGAUGAGGUGCAAGAGCAAAAGGAUCGGGAGUCCCAGCAGGAGAGUACACAGAGUAGUGGUCAGGCCAUGCGUGUCAUCAAACACCCGCUCUUCCGACCAUUCAACUCUACACAAGCGGAGGAGUACCUGGGCUCGCGGAGUCGUGGUGAAGUGGUCAUUCGCCCUUCAUCCCGGGGACCCGAUCACCUGGCAGUCACUUGGAAGGUGGCGCAGGGCGUCUACCAGCACAUUGAUGUCCUCGAGCUGGACAAGGAAAAUGAGUUCUCCGUUGGUCGCGUUCUCAAGGUCGGAGGCAAGUACACCUACAGCGAUCUGGAUGAUUUGAUUGUCAAUCACGUCAAGGCGAUGGCCAAAAAGGUUGAGGAGAUGAUCGGAAAUGAGAAGCACCAGGAUGGCAGCAAGACUGAAACCGACCAAUGGCUUGAGACCUAUACCAAGGCCAACCCUCGUCGCUCAGCCUAUGCCUUCUGCAUCAACCCGAAACACCCCGGUUACUUUUACCUUUGUUUCAAGGCCGGCGAGCACUCUCGACUGCAGAACUGGCCGGUGAAGGUGAUCCCCCAGGGCUUUGAGUUGCAAAAAAACCCAUAUCCGGAUAUGCAGGCCCUGUGCAAUGGCUUCAAGCUGAUGUUUACCAACAUGAAAGCCAGUCGUCGAUAA